CGUGCCAGUCAGGUGGACCCAGCUGCAAGUAUAUAAAACAGCUGGGGCCACUGCGCAUUCAGAACUCUUCACCAGAGGACCUGUGUGCAAAUCAGAACCACUUCCCACAACAGCAUCAGACAGUAAUGAAGUGCAGCCAUCUCUUCUCCUGGGCCUUUGUACUUGUGGCCUCUGCCACCCUGCUGGCCCACCCUAUCACAGAAUCGGCUGAGAUGCCCUAUCCAGGACCAGCGUCAGUGGAGGAUCGCAUUAUCGUAACGCUGGAUGACGAGUCUCUUCCUGAGAAAAUGUUUAUUCCUCAGGACGGUGCAGCUCUCCGAUAUUCCACUUUUACAUCUGGGGAAGUUAACAGAGACGGUGUCAGGACGACAAAUCUGGUGCCAAGAGGAGUCAAGAGAGAGAUCUUAUUAGAGAAACAAAAUCUUCUGAAACCUUACAGCCGCUUGCUGGGCAUCCGUAAGCAGUUAAGGAAGAGAAAUGGAAAUUCCGAGUGUUUCUGGAAGUACUGCGUCUAAAAACCAAGCUAAUUGGAUAUCUGCCUUACAAGAAGCAAUGCUUAAUACAGAGGAAAACAUAUGCUUGAUACAUUUUUCAAGGGCAGACAAAGCAAACAUCACACUCCAUGCAUGCAUACAUUACAUGUUUCCAAGGCUCAAACCUUUACUUUCAGUUGAUUUACUGUCGGAUUUACUUUUAAACUGUGGAAAGUCAUGUUAAGAUCUGUGUAUGUAUUCAAAAUGAUUUGAGAUGUAAAAAUCAAAUGCUACAACGAAU